GGGGCGGGGCGCGUCAGCUGACUCCGGAGCUCGGCGUUCGGAGGCUGUUAACGGUAGCGGCGGCCUGGCCGGGCGGAAGGCGGAGGUUCCUGGUCCGAGUGAGGCGCUAUGGCGACCACUGUCAGCACCCAGCGGGGCCCGGUGUACAUUGGUGAGCUUCCUCAAGAUUUCCUGCGCAUCGCUCCAACACAGCAGCAGCAGCAAAUCCAGUUGGAUGCACAAGCAGCCCAACAGUUACAGUAUGGCGGUCCAGUGGGCACAGUGGGCAGACUCAGCAUUACUGUAGUACAGGCAAAGUUGGCAAAGAAUUACGGUAUGACCCGUAUGGAUCCAUACUGUCGGAUACGGCUUGGCUAUGCUGUAUAUGAAACUCCUACAGCUCAUAAUGGUGCCAAGAAUCCCCGCUGGAACAAAGUUAUUCAGUGCACAGUUCCCCCUGGUGUGGACUCUUUCUAUCUUGAAAUAUUUGAUGAGAGAGCCUUUUCAAUGGAUGACCGCAUCGCUUGGACACACAUCACUAUUCCUGAGUCCCUGAAACAAGGGAAGGUGGAGGAUGAGUGGUAUAGCCUGAGUGGAAGGCAGGGUGACGACAAAGAAGGAAUGAUUAACUUGGUUAUGUCAUAUACGUCUGUACCAGCUGCUAUGAUGAUGCAGCCCCAGCCAGUGGUUCUGAUGCCCACAGUGUACCAGCAAGGAGUUGGAUAUGUGCCUAUUGCAGGAAUGCCUGCAGUCUGUAACCCAGGCAUGGUACCAGUGCCAGUACCAUCUCCUGCAGUUAACCCUCAGCACCUGUGUAAUGAAGAAGAUCUGAAAUCUAUCCAGGACAUGUUUCCCAACAUGGACAGGGAAGUAAUCCGUUCAGUGCUAGAAGCCCAGGGAGGGAACAAGGAUACAGCUAUCAACUCAUUGCUUCAGAUUGCUGAAGAGUCAUAGAUGCCUGUCCCCUGCAUUGUCCCUGUCUACGAUGCCACCCUUACUUUGACUUGCCAAGCCAGGGAUUUAGCUAGAGGAAGAAAUUCCUGACAAAUUCCUGAGAGAGCAUCCUGUCUGAAAGAUUGUGCCCCUCUCUUCUUGGACACUUUGCACAUUUUUCACUUUUGUUUUCAACUUUCAUUCACUUCAAGUAUGUUCUACAAAAGCAUGAAACUCUCCCUCCCCCCCCAUUAGCCAUAUCAUACAGGUCUACAUUUCUGACGGGGAGGGAACAAUGCUGCUUAAGUUUAUUUCCCCCCCCCCUCCCCCUUUGGAUAGAAAGAAAAACCAGGCAUGUUUUAUAUUUAUCUAACACUAUGCAGUACAGGAUUUACUACUGGCUGUGAGCUAGGAAGAGUUAUAUUUUUGAGGGGUAGAGUGUUUGCUUCUUUGUACACUGUUUUUUAUUCAAAUGUUCUUGUUUAGUAAGCAGUCUGUUUCUCUGCCAGAGAUACAAAAAUGAUUACAUGAUACUCUUGACUUUUUCUGUGGUAUUUAUCUAUUGCUGUGAUAAAUCCAACUGUCUUUAACAUAUAUAAUUUUAAAUCUACUAAGAAGCUGGCUUUCUUGUAGCCUUAAGUGUUUCUAAUUAGAUUAUUCCCUCCAAGCUAGUGAUUGGGCACCAAAGCAAUAUUUAUAAUAUGGUAAGCAUUUAGGGCUUAAUCCUGAAAUGUGGCAGUGUUGCUGUGCUUGUGAAAGCUGCAACACACCACUUUCCAGGUACAGCAUAUCUUGCUGUAGCAGAAGAUGGGAUUGAGCCUUAUUGUGCUCCUGUGGUUACUUGCACUCUUCUUGUUUCUACAUUCCUGUGAUUAUUCCAAAGGAUGACUGCAGAAGGAAAAGGUGUGUUUUUUGGGGUUUUUUUUUAAAUGCCUGGAAAACUAACGAAGUAUGAAAUAAACACUUCGUCAUGGAACUUUGUAUCAACAAAUAGUCAUUUUUGUGUAUAUAUAAAGAACCUUUGUUUUAAAAAAGAAAGUUACUACACUCCUGUAUUUCAGAAAACUCAUGUUGCGUUGCAGAAAAAUUUAAUGAAGAAACUGGUUUUGGUAGUCUGAAAUAUAAGGAGUGGGAAGAGUAGAUGCAGAAUCUUCAACAGGUAUAUGCACUGUCCUCAAAAAUUCAUUGGAUCACAGUUAAUCUACCUAAUUCAGUUGAAUUUGAUGCAUACCUGACUAAAAUAUUUUCAGUAAGGUGGUAGAAUAUUUGACAUAUCCUGUAUUAGCAGGUUCUUAUAAGAAGGAAGUGUAUUGCCUAUAAUUUUUUCAAGCGUGAACAUGCAUGCAUGUUGCAGCUUGAACCUGCAGAAUGUUCAUAAAGGGCACAAUUUUUGCCUGUUGUAUAAAUUUGUAACAUCUCUUUUUUUUUUUUUUUUAAUGGCAAUGUAAUGCACUUUAUGCACAAAUUUUAUUUUCUGAUCUUGUGCAAUGUCACUUAUCUUGGCAUCUUUUAAAAUUGUUUUCAGAUACUUUCUAUAAUAGCCAUAGCUUGUAUUUUGCAAGUGUUGGAAUGUACACUUAAAAUACAGGAUCUAAAGAGUGGUUCAUGAGAACUCUUAAGCCAGGUUUGGAAUAAGGAAAUAUAGGCCCUUAUUCUCUCUUCUCUACCUGUUUUCUCCCACAUACAUAAGAUGCUCUUUCAUAUCCACUAAAAUAAACUUUUCUCCAAUACCUUCAGGAAGUUUUCUGGCAGAGCCAGCAAUAGUUUAUAAAUAUUUAUUUUUUUAUGAUUAAGAAGUGUGUGUUGAAAUAGUUUUAAAUUGACAGUACCAAAACGAUUUUCCUUUCUAAUGGCUUCUGGUUUUUUUGAAGCUUCUUCUCAUGAUGUCUCAGCUGACACUAAGUUCUGACAGCCCCCCACUGCUUUAGUUGGCACACUUUGUUUUGUUUUGAAAAAAAUGUAACUUUCUCUUCAUACAUUCUCCCAUUGGUUUUGCCUGCUGAGAUUUUAAGGCUACAGUCUUUCCUUGGGCAUUUUAUCAUUACAAUGAUUACAUUUUUCUUUUUUUUUUUUUUCUUGAAAGGGGUGUUCAUCAGGAAUAUAUCGUCUUAGCCCUUGUGUCACUUAGCCUAUAUGAUCACAUAUUGAGUUUUCUGGUUAGCAUUAAAUUAACAUUUGGCCUUUAUCUUCAUAGCAAUGACUUUUUGUGGGAAUGCCAGCAUAGGCAGCAGCAAAUGACUGCCUGUAAAUACUGUUAAAAGCUUUUAACGCCUGUUUCCAUCUCUAGGAAUAGCCCCUUGAAUUGCUAAAGGGUAGAACAAUUUGGGGAAAAUGUACAUCAUAUUCUAGUUACCUAUAGCUGGAGUUCAUUGGAGCAGGUUUUUUUGUUUUAGGGUUUUGUUUUUUUUUCUUAAAUAAAGCAAGUGAACUUAGUGCAGCUUUAUCAUGGGUGAAAAAGGUUUAACUUCUUCAAGAUUGCAUUGCUAAUCUUGUGACUGAAUUGUAAGCGUGAAAUAAACACCUCUCAGUUCUCCUAAUAACUGGAAGAAAGAAACGAGGUUGUUAGAUUAAACAUGUUCAUCCAGAAAUUGAACCUUAGGUCUUCGUGAAACACCUAGACAUACUUCAGAAGUCUUUCCUUCUCCCUCUUGAAGCUUUUGUUAUACUGAGUAUUGCAAAGAGAAGCUGCAUAGAUCAAAGAUGGGUAGUUCAGGUCAGAGCAGAAAGGCCACUAAGUUGUGCUUUGCAUUCUUUUUCUUAUGCAUUGUUUCAGGUUUGGCUUGGAGACUUGAAUUCAAUAAAAGUAAAACAUUAUAGGUAUGAAAGUAAGUCUUCAGGAUGUACUUUACUGCGUUUUAUCUUUCUCAUUUAACAUUAACAAAGUGUUACAAACCCUGCUCAGUUUCUUUAAUAUAUGUAUCCCCUCAAUUGUUCAAACUGUUGUCCACCUUGGGUCUGAGGGACAUGAAAAAAGCUUUGGCUAGUCCUUGUCAUCACUUGAUUGUCCAGAAUUGUAGAACUCAAAGGCAUUAUUUUGCUGUUUUGUUUAAAUAAAUGCGGUCACACUUGUUAUUGUUCAGCUUGUGGCAUAUGUUUCAUUUAAUAGAGCAAUGUCUUCUCAUCCGUAACUGUUUCAUACUCAGCAGGUUAGAGCAGCCUGGAGCCAAAGCCCAGCUGCAUAAUACUGGCAUCUGCUAGAAGUUAAAGUGCUGCUAGGGCCUAAAUUUAGAGGAAUAUUUUUGUCUAGCUAGAUCCUUGCUACUUUAUCUUAAGCUGCUGUUUGUGUAUGUUGAAGGUACUGAACGUUUUCCCUCUGCAAAUAUUACUGCUUGUGUUGGUUGACCUGUAAUACUGUUCAAAAGAUUGUUUGUUUGUUUUUUUUGCUGUUAUUCCGCAGACAUUGACUCUCACUGUAUUGAGGUCAAGUGUCCAAAUGUGUUUCUUGCAUUGUAAAAUAUAUUUUGACUUUUUCAUUCUAAUUUAAUAAAUGUAUCACCUAAACUAA